GGAGAGCCAUCGGCUCACACGGCUCUAUCCUUUAUUUUUUACUUUUCGUUUUGGCUCACCUAUGCUGCUGUUGAUGCAGAGGAGAAAGAAAAGGUUACUGAUGCAACAGAAUUGACUGGAGGAAAGGGAAAGAGGGAGACAGACACCAGGCUUGUUCCCACGGUGUUCGCAGCUUGGUAUAGACCUGAACUAGGAUGUGUCAAGAGAUCAGACCAGUCCAGGGAGCCGCAAAGAUUAGCUGGGAUUUAAAAUAAAACUCUUUAACAGGAGGUCACCUAGAAUAACGCUCACGUAUGUAUCCGUGAAGAGGCCUGCGGACCAUAUCCGGAGAAGUGCCAACAACAUGCCCAAGCAGGUGGAAGUCCGAAUGCACGACAGCCAUCUCAGCUCAGAGGAGCCCAAGCAGCGACACCUCGGCCUGCGUCUGUGUGACAAGCUGGGAAAGAAUCUCCUGCUCACUCUGACCGUGUUUGGUGUCAUCCUGGGGGCAGUGUGUGGAGGCCUUCUUCGCUUGGCAUCUCCUCUCCACCCUGAUGUGGUCAUGUUAAUAGCCUUUCCAGGGGAUAUACUCAUGAGGAUGUUAAAAAUGCUUAUCCUGCCUCUCAUCAUCUCCAGCUUAAUCACAGGGUUGUCGGGCCUGGAUGCUAAAGCCAGUGGGCGCCUGGGGACGAGAGCCAUGGUGUAUUACAUGUCCACAACCAUCAUUGCUGCGGUACUGGGGGUCAUCCUGGUCUUGGCGAUCCACCCAGGAAAUCCCAAACUCAAGAAGCAGCUGGGGCCAGGGAAGAAGAAUGAUGAAGUGUCCAGCCUGGAUGCCUUCCUGGACCUUAUUCGCAAUCUCUUUCCUGAAAACCUGGUCCAGGCCUGUUUUCAACAGAUUCAAACGGUGACCAAGAAAGUCUUGGUGCCACCUCCAUCAGACGAGGGCAAUGCCACCAAUGCUGUCAUCUCCUUGUUGAAUGAGACUGUGACAGAGGCACCUGAGGAAGCGAAGGUGGUUAUCAAGAAGGGCCUGGAGUUCAAGGACGGCAUGAAUGUCUUAGGUCUGAUAGGGUUUUUCAUCGCUUUUGGCAUCGCCAUGGGGAAGAUGGGCGAGCAGGCCAAGCUGAUGGUGGAAUUCUUCAACAUUUUGAAUGAGAUUGUAAUGAAGUUAGUGAUCAUGAUCAUGUGGUACUCUCCCCUGGGUAUCGCCUGCCUAAUCUGUGGGAAGAUCAUUGCCAUCAAGGACUUGGAAGUGGUUGCUAGGCAACUGGGGAUGUACAUGAUCACGGUGAUCGUGGGCCUCAUCAUCCAUGGGGGCAUCUUUCUCCCCUUGAUUUACUUUGUAGUCACCAGGAAAAACCCUUUCUCCUUUUUUGCUGGCAUUUUCCAAGCUUGGAUCACUGCCCUGGGUACCGCUUCCAGUGCUGGAACUUUACCUGUUACCUUCCGUUGCCUGGAAGAAAAUCUGGGAAUCGAUAAGCGCGUGACCAGAUUUGUCCUCCCAGUCGGAGCAACCAUCAACAUGGAUGGCACAGCCCUUUAUGAAGCGGUGGCCGCCAUCUUUAUUGCCCAGAUGAAUGGUGUUAUCCUGGAUGGAGGCCAGAUUGUGACUGUGAGCCUCACGGCCACGCUGGCCAGCGUCGGUGCGGCCAGUAUCCCCAGUGCGGGCCUCGUCACCAUGCUCCUCAUCCUGACGGCUGUGGGCCUGCCGACGGAGGACAUCAGCCUGCUGGUGGCCGUGGACUGGCUUCUGGACAGGAUGAGAACUUCAGUCAAUGUUGUGGGGGACUCUUUUGGGGCUGGGAUUGUCUAUCACCUCUCCAAGUCUGAGCUGGAUACUAUUGACUCCCAGCAUCGAGUGCAUGAAGAUAUUGAAAUGACCAAGACUCAGUCCAUUUAUGACGACGCGAAGAACCACAGGGAAAGCAACUCUAAUCAAUGUGUCUAUGCCGCACACAACUCUGUCAUAGUAGAUGAGUGCAAGGUGACUCUGGCAGCCAACGGAAAGUCCGCUGAUGGCGGAGUCGAGGAAGAGCCGUGGAAACGUGAAAAAUAAGGACAUGACUCUCAGCAAAGUUUUGAACAAACUCCCCAGCGUAUCUUAUGGUAAAAAGAGAAUAUAAACAAGCUGUCUUAAAAAGGAAAAAAAAAAAAGCAUCUAUUUCUGUGUUUACUUAAUCUGCUAGCCGAGGCUUCAAGGAUCUGUCGUGAGUCAGUGAUAGGCGCAGUGCGGUGUCUUUGCCAAGUGAUGCUUUGUAAAUGCCUCAUUUUCUCACCUGUGUUAUUGUCUGAACGGAGGCUGCUGGAGGAAUCCCUUUGAAUUGAAGACGCAUUCUGGCCAGCUUCCCUUUACUCUCUAAAUGUAGAGCUGCGGAUCCUCUUUUCCCAGGGGACACGACUAAAGCAUGUGGUGCAUCCUGGGGACUUGGGAUAAAGAGCAGACACUCAGUGUGUGAUUCCUUCAGGUGUCGUCCCUGCUUCUGCUUUAGUACACGCAAGAGAUUCUGUUAGAAGCCUCUAGACGUAAUUCUCUUGAAAUGGCUUAGGGGUGGCUCAUGUGUUAAUUAAAAGCAAACCCCUGUCUUCGGGAACUCUGAGAAUCUACCUUCUGUAUACUCUUUCAGUUAAAUAUUUCAAAGAGAAUGGUAGUGGGAACCGUGCUCUUCAAGGCGGCCGAUUACGGAACCCACUGAGUUUCUGCUCUGCCAUAUCUAGUCCUGGGAAAUCAUUACUGAAAUUUCAAAGGAGGUCUCAUAAUUUGCUUUCAAUGAUGAUAAUGAAUUAGGAUGUAAUCUGCGUAGCGCUGCUGUGCAUGUGGACAAACGUGAGAGAGCACAGCCAACGUCAACUUUAACCAGAGUCAAAUGUUCCAAUUCAGUUGGCAUUCACCGGGCAGAGAGAAAUUGAGUGAGAUGAUUUGAUCGAUGCUUUACUUUCUUUGUUCCAGCCGUAAAAUUCUUUUUUGUAUUUCUAACCAAAAAAAAAAAAAAAAGACAUUUUUAAUCGCAAAUUAUUUCAGUCACAAUCUCAUUAACCUAGAAGGCCUAACCAUUCCACUCUCCUCACGGGUAGAGAGGACAGUUACGCUGGCUGUGCCGCCUUUAAGACCAUCUCUCGAUAAAAACAAAACACUGUCCAUGAUCUAGCACAUAGAGAGCUUUCUCUUGUAUUCUCUCAAAGCACUUGAAUCUAGUUACAGGGCACAGUUGAAAGCAGAGUCAAUCUGCUUUCCAGUCUUCUGUGUAGCAAGGAAUAGGAAACAAACCUGCAAAAUCCCAUAAAGGUGAUAUUCCUAUGGCAAAGUCAAGAUGGCCUUGAGCCAUGAAAUGGGAGCAGACAAUGGCUCCUCACAACUUCAAGAUGGCAUCUUCAAGGCUGUUACGGUUUGAGGAGUCAGUACUGUAAGGGGAUUAGCACCGUGCCUUGUAGGCCGUAGACACCCAACGAAUCCCAGUGGUGGAUUGUGUAGACUAAACUUGUCAGUUUCUCUACUAUCCUUUUCUGUUGAAUAACUCACAGUAUUUUCCUAAGGUUGCAGGCUCUGGGAGGUUGCUGGGAACUUGAACCUGAAUCACUGAGAAAUAAAUUACAUUUGACUGACUUCGAGGAGCGUGUAGAAACUUGGUCUAUAUGUAGGAGUCAGGUGGUCAUCAAAGACUGGCAGAUGGGUGCUGGGUACACACCAAGAGUUGUACUGUCCAAAUGCUCUGAGAAGAGGUUGUACAUAGACAUCAUGGACCCUUUAUUGCCCAUUCCUGGUGACUUUUCUCUUCCAAACCAGACACCUUCGAAACAUAUGAGAGACAUAAGAUUCCGAUUGCUUUUGUCUCUCAGACCCUUGUUAUUUUUGGAUAAGGACCACCGUUGAGCAGUAUUAAGCAGCUUUUUGCCUUUUUUUCUUUUUAGUGUCAUUGGUCUUCUUCAUUUUCAUUAGAUGAACAGUUAACUGGGUCACCAAGGAUGUGUGAAAUGCAGUAGUGGACAAUAAAUACACCCUUUAGAGCCGAUACUGUGGGUCAAGGGGACAGGUCCUGGAUUUAGCUGUGAAACUGUUAUGGAUUGUCUUUAAGUGGUACUCCCAAGAGCUUUGUGAUGGAGAAGAGAAGGAUCUAGAUGAGGCACCAAGGAGUUUGUGGGUUUUGCUGUUUAAGGCCAGCUUAGCUCUUGUAAAUGCUGACGUGUUUCUCAAAAGAGUGGUCUUGGGAUUGUCUCCCCAAGACUCUGCUUCAGUGUCUUCCUGCUUUGCUUUGUCUUCCUAGUUAUCCUAUAAAAUAUAUAAGGGGACAAUGUGUUCAGAAGAAGCAAGGUGUACAGCUUAACAAAACAUGUUUUUCUGGUUUUAGACUACCUGUAAUACAUUUCAUGAGAACGUACUUAGGAACUCACUUUCAUCUGGAAAUUCACAUCAUAUUACAAAUGAAUAAUCUGUUAAAGUCAGGACUAACCCGAAAAUCCAGGAUGUAUGUAGAGCUGACGUAUGACUGUGAUCUCUAUUUUUUUAGGUCUCGUUCAUUCUUCUUAUGCCAUGCCCACUAGGGCUUCCCUUGGCCAGCAUGAGUGCCAUAAACAGGACAAACAGAUCCAGAGUAUACCUCUAAGAACCCUUUUCUAAAUAAGAUACCCAUAAUCUUUCCGUUAUGUGCCCAGAUUUAUAUUAAUAGGUUCACCACAGUUGUAAAUGCUUGUAACAAUCCAUUAAUAUUUGAUGAUGCAUAAGUUAUAUACGGACACAGGAGGCCAGAUCCACACGCUACAUCCCAUAAGGUCUAUAAGUCAGGGCUUUGGCAACACCAUUUUGUUACAAACUCAUUCACUCUUUUUAGGAAUCCAAAUCAUUUUGAGAGAAAAAUCAAUUAAACAGACUUUCAUCCUCCCCUUUAUAAUUUUUGCCCACAGGAACCCAAGUAGAAUCACCAUUUGAUUACCAACUACAGUUCAAUGAGCCAAAUCCAAUCAGCAGGAAGAAUGGCUUCUCUCUCAAGCUAAGGCUUUACCGUAGGUCUUUGAGAAUAUGCCUCCCAUGCAGAGCAUCAAAGAAAUCAAGGCAGUCGUCUAGAUCACAGAGGUCCAGGUCUUCAGGUAAUAAGAUCUGAACCAUAUAGACAUCAGAUUCAGUUCUUUAUUUCCUACUGGGUGUGGAAACACAGCCUGUAGUCUUAUUGCCUAAAGAAGUUACCUUGUCCUUUAAAAGACAAUAUUCGCUUCUCCUCUGCAGUAUUGGUUGGCGGAAAGAAAGAGUGCCAAAUGCCUCAAUCUUGGAUUUAGACUUGUGGAAACUGAAAAAGGCUUAGGGGAAAUUCAAUUUAUGGGGAUAUGUAUUCCCGGUAGGAAAUCUCAGGAAUCCGAAUGACUGAGUAGAGGGCCUCAGGCCAUUUCCAACCUUGCAUGGGGAAGUAUGUCACUUGCAAGUGUAUCUAGUCAAGAAAAACUUUCAGGGUUGAGUAACUCAUCUACCCACUCCCUGAAAGGAAAUCCAAUCCUGCCAUGUUUUUGCAAAUACCACACUUCCUUUUGUUCCCAAAAGCAAACACUAUGACAAUAUUUUACUUUUGUCAGAAUCAAGGAAUCUAUCUGUGCUAUAGUUUCCCAUGAAAUAUAGCAGUAAGUCCGAACAGGUACACAAAUGCUCAGAGAGAAUUUUUCUAUGGUUCAGACCCUUGUUGGGAAGGUCUUCGUACCUCUUGCUUGGCUUGAUGGCCAAAAGUGCUCAGCAGUUAUACCCAAUGGAGGUGGCUCUUCUUCCCUGCUUUUUGAUUCUAGACAACCAUACAGUUGUCUAGGUUGCUGUUUUUGCCUUUCUUAUUCUCCAAAUAAGUUCAUCCCAAGGCAGGCAAAAGGACCAAGCAGAUUUUUUUUCAGUUAUCAUAAUACCCACUUGGAAUAUUAGGGUCACGCUAAGUGUCUUCUUCAUCCCCUUCACCUACUUCACCCAUCCCCCCACCCACCUCACCUCUGGCAACCGGUAGUUUGCUCUCUCUAUUUUUUCAUUUUGUCUUUUUAUCUUUGCUCCUUUGUUUUGUUUUUUAAAUUCCCCAUAUGAGUGAAGUCAUAUGGUAUUUGUUUCUGACUGGCUUAUUUCACUUAACUUUAUAUCCCCUCUGAGAACCUAAAAAGAGUAAGUUUAAGCAAAGAAGCUGAAGGAAUUCUGAAAUGAGAGUUUUGUCAAUCUAGUUGCCAGAAGUGAGUGGCCUCAGGAUCUCUGGUACUUUCUGGCUGAAAUCUAGAAUAAGGGCCAUCGAGUGCCAACCCGGGCAGACACCAUAGGCAGAUUGUUCUCUUUAGGUGAAGCGAGUCCAAAGCUGCUCAUGCUAUAGCUGCCCGUGGUUUUCCCAAAAGGAAAACCCAUGUUCCCGCUCUUCCUCCCCCUUUCUCAUUCCACCUGUCAUUGUUGCUGCUUGAGAGAUCAUUUAGUAAAACACCGCAUGCAUUAGGGCAAGGGUUGGUUCUAGAAAAGAUGACAAGGAAUCUUCUUUGAGUACUAUCUCAUUUCAUAGCAGAACACAGUGAAUUCACAUGAUGACACAGGGAGGAUGAGAAAUAAUGCCAUUGGAUACAACAAACAUUUGACUUAGACUCUGCCAAUGUUGGGCUGUGUAACUUAGACAAGUCACUUGAAGCCCAAGCCUCAUUCUGUCCCAUACCUAAAGCGAAGGGGUUGGAUUAGGCAAUUAAAACCCUCUUGGGGCCCUAAGAAUCCAUGAUAUUAUGAUCUCUGCUUGAAUUUCUUUUUUCAUAAGAGGCUUACUACUGUGAAAUAUGACUUGCUUAUAUUUUAAGUCAGAGUGGCCCACAAUACAGAAUAAUCAAUUUGGAUUUUUUUGUGUGUGUCCCCUUGGGACAAUAUUAAAUUCAAGUCUCUCUCUUCCUUUGAUGUUUUUCAACAAGCUUGGAAGAUGGCCACGUUAAUCUGUAGUUUGGUGUUCUGGGAUACAAACAGACAUCCUUUGACAAAACGGCCCUUGGCCUCACUCACUGUCUUAGUAGAAGUAGCCAUUCAGCUCAAAGAAGAGGGUUGCCAGGGAGGCAGGGGGAGUGUAAAGCCUCCCUCAGGGGCCGAGAAUGUUCCUGCUGUAGUAACAGAACCCACUCCAAGCCCAAAGCACACAGUUUUCUGCACACCGUCCUAACUGCCAACCCACUAUGGGACUUUGGGAACGUUUGGCAAAUAAACUUGAAUACUCUUAGGAGAUUUGGUGCAAGACUUACACACUAAUACCUUCCCUCCCUGCCCACACGCAGAUGCGCAUAGCCGAGCACAGGCUAAGCCUGGGCUAAGUCCCUUCUCUGCAGGGAUAUUUGAAUUCAUUUUCAAACGGUCCUCUUGGUUUGUUUUCAUUGUGGGCAUCCCAUCCCAGCUAGAGAAGCUCUAUCUUACAAGAGUGGAGUUGGGCUGGUUUCUAGGGUAGAUACAAGGCAUGGUCUGUCUGCAAGGUGCCGGCCACCAACAUGGAUUUGGAACACCCCCUUGUACUUUGUGGUACGGCUGCAAUGGCCUCCCAGUUUUGUCCUUGCUCUGUGCCCAUGCUUCUGCUAAAUAUGAAAUAGGUUUGGUAUUUGCUUGGUUGCCAAAGAAGCCCAAUUCUUUAGAAGUAAAUGUAGGACAGAAAGGACUGGGUCAAGGUUUUUGCUGUUGUUUGGUCUUCGAGUGCAGAAGGCCUGAGGCAAAGGCAGCAAGACAAAGGCUAGUUCUCCACUGACCCAUGGAAGAACCUAUAGACCAGCAAGAGAAGCCCGCACAUUCUUACUUGAUUCACUCAAAUUAUAUCCUAAAUUAUUACUCAUGGUUUUGUUCAUUUGUUUGUUUUGUUUUUCCCUAUGUCCAGCCUGGCUUCACCUUUCUACCUCCAGACCAAGUAUCUAUUUUGAGAUUUUUAGUCCUUCUGAUUGUCACACAGGCCCUUUUGUGCUGAGACUAUACCCUGCUACAGAAACAGACCCCACUGUUUUGCAGAGUCAACACAUGACUUAGAGCAUGGGUCAUCACAGGUCUCCAGUCUCUCCGAAGACACCCCCAAUCCCUGGGUGAGUGUUGGAACAUAACAGCUGACUGUGACCCUUGUCAUUCCCGGUGGAGACGGGAAUGAUGCCAUCAGGGCCUUGCCUCCGCUGGGGCUCUGCUUCUCUCCGUGGCAUCCAUUCAGCCUGCCUAGAAAUGGCCAUUGCCUCUGGUAGGAGAGAAUUGCACGCACUCACCAAGAAAGCUAGUCUAGCACAGCUCUGAGGUCUCUCGUGCACGCAGCGAAUCCUCUGAGAUGUGUGAUUGGAAAGCUGGCCCACUGGUUGCUUACUUACUACUCCAGGAGAGUAAUUGUCCUUACUAGGAACUCAACCUUGGGCAUCCAGAUCUUUCCAUAAAUCACCUUAACUUCCUCUCUUCUUCCUCCUCCCCCUGGGGAACCUCAGCAUUGCAUUCCCAUGUUGCACAACACAGAUCAGAUUAUCUGGUCGCUCUAGAGAUUUGUAUAUAAAAGACUACUUUUGUGAGGAUUUUUGUAUAUCGUUUUUCUAUUUGUUUUUUAUGGCUUAAGGAGAGAGCUGGCAAACUGUGAAUCUAAUUUGAUCUUGCUGCCAGCAGGUACGUUUUGGCUUCCUGGUAAGAACCGGUGUUACCAGGGACAACCCAUUGCCCUGUGAUCAGUGUCGCACCCAGCGAAAUUCCUCCAGCCCUGUGUUACAUUCUUUUUUAAAUGAAUCCCUGGACUUCUUUGCUAUUAUUUAUAAAGAGCAUGAGGAAAUGUAUUUAUAGUCCUGGAUAUUAUAUGUUUAAUAUUGAUUUAGCCUUUAAUAAUGUUAUAGGUUUGUAUCUAUUCUUCAUAAAUCACAGAGAGCUCAGUGUAGACUGAAUUAAUCUAUUUCGUAUCUGUAAUUUUGCAGACAGAUAUUUUCUUAUGGUAUUUUCUAUAUAACCACAUAGGUAGAAUUAUAACUAAUUAGAGCACAAGACAUUUCUACGGCAACUCAGAGCCUAUCAGUUGUUUCCUGAGCAUAUAACCGCGUUCAAAAAAUUUAAGAAUCCGGUCCUUCACGCCGCAUUGAACAAAAUGACCAUAAAGAAUGAGGAAUCGCUUCAGUCCCUUAGCUGGUUAAGAUACGCAUUUAAACAAUCAGUCUUUUAAACUUGAGGAAUGGUGCUAAUUCCUUGUUUUUCCAGCUAAGUGUUCAAAUUUCACCAAAGUAAGAAGAUGAAAAAUAAGGUGAUGAGCGUGGGAUCAUUUCUGUAUCAGAACUUCCCCUGCCUCCCCCCAACCAUUUAUGUCAAAAUUGGCUUCGGAAAACCUUGAGUAGAGAGCUUGAGGGUGAGUGCUAGGAAGCAACUCGGGACAGAUUUUUUGCAGUUCAUGCUUGCCAAGCAAAUUGCUAGUAAAUGUCAUACUGUUAUGUGAAUUGAGCACAUAUUUUUAAGAAAAAGGUUAUUAGUACUAGCUAUGAAGCAAUACCCUUAAUCACUGGGGCUGGAGGUGGGAGCUUAGAGUCACACUGAAAUAGUUUAGAAGGAGCCCAGGUAGAUUCUGUCCUCAGGUGAAUAACGAUCUAUGUAAUUCCCCCAAAAGGCAAAUCGAUAGCCACUGCGAAGACCAGGGGGUUUUCCUUCUGCCAAACACACUUUCUGAUAUGGUCGUAGCGUUAGUAUUUUUGCCAUGUUUAGAGAAGAUAGUCACCUCCAUAGAAAGUGUACUGGUAUGUAUUUGAAACUGUUCCUCAUUCAGCAAACAGAUGAGAAGUGCCCUCAACUGGCAAUGAUUGUAUCUGUGAUUUUCGAGUCCAGAGACUGUUCAAAGCAUGAAGUUCUUGUGUGUCUACAGUAACACUUGGUUCGCGCAUGAAGAACAGUGCCUGUGCACUUUGUGUAGCUAUAAUGUAGGUAUCUAUGUGUAAUUUCAGUGAAAUGGUGUAUAGAUGUAUUUUAAUUUAAUUUAAAUAUUAUUUUUAGCUUUUCAUCUAAAUGCGGUAGGCAUGUCAAUUGGAUGUUUUGGAAAACCCUACUUUUCCCUCUUAGAUAACUAGUGAAGCAAUUCUUCUCUUUUAAAUGUAAUCUAGGGGUAUGUAUCAGUGAAGAACUUCUCUAUGAAUCCUUUGUACCAAUGAUUGUGUGAAAGUCUGGGCAUCCAGCAUCUUUGUAAAUACGCAAUUCCAAGCAAGGGAAGGUUGGGUGUGUGUCAUGAUUCUUAGUGAAAGGUCAUCAGACAUUUGUCUAAUGCAUGGCAAAUACAGUUGCGGAGCUUCUGAUGAUCUAGGCCUAAGUCGGGGUAGAAUGAGGACACUUAUCUACAGCCCUCCUUUGCUUGGUGGAUUGGACUCAAGAAAGACAAAAAGUUAGCCUGCUUAUGUGCGUGCUCACAUCCUGUCCUUAGGUAAAGGUAUGCCUCUCUGGUUGCCAGAUACUGAUCAGGAUGCUCAUGACUUAGAGGUUCUGAAGAACCUUGUCCCCCUUGGUUUCUCGAGUCAUGUUAACUAACUGCCAUGUAGGCAAAACCCCAUAGAAGCACAGUUCUUGUAGUAAACUGUACAGAUGUCCAUAGAAAGAGCACUAGAGGCCCAAGAAUGGUCAGUAUAGAGCUUUGGGGUUACAAAAAGACAACUGAUGAGGCACAGAUCUCACAGACGUGAAGGGAGUAUAACCUCCACCUUGUAGGCUCUGUGUGCAUGUUUUGAGUGAUUGGAGAUGAGAUAACUAAUGCAAAUAUCCACUUGCCUCCUAAAACACACAUUCUGUCUCAUGAUCACUACCUGGAAUGCUGUAGCAUCGAGUUCCCGUGACCCCUUUCUCCUCCCCAAGGACAGAGGAAAAUGGCCGUGCACAGUUGGGAACAUCAGGUGCCUCUGUCUUUCACAAAAAGGGCAGGGUGGGGGGAAGCCUGCACAAUCCCGUGAGGGCACAAAGCACAUUAAUUUUCAGUGGCUUUUCCAGUGAUUGGAGUGAGGGGGUAUGGAUGGCAGAACAGGCACAUUUUUCCUGGAAAAUGUGGCCUCUUCAACUCCUGUCAGAUUCCGGGUGGAAACCCUACUGAAGGAAAGCCAGCCUUUAGGUAGGGUUUCCUCAGAAGGUUCUUGUGUGUCCAGAAUGGAAGAUAAGAAUAACUGUUUCCCUCAACUUCACCAUCCCCAUUGGUCUAAAGUCAUGUAGCCCAGAGCACUGAUAGCACAUAGGUGUUUAAAGACUAAUGAAUGAAAACAGAUAAAAAUUUCAACUAAUUUCGGGGAUAUUUCUUCAAUAUGAUACUAGGAGAUGCCUCGUUGGCAAAGCACAUCUGGGGUAGUUGAGAUCUUUCAUUUUCACCUUGAGCUUUCUUACCAUGUGGACUGAUUACUGUUAACAUUUCAUGUGUAAAAUAACUGGAUAUUCUUUAUAUUCUGGAAGCAAUCUGUGAAUCCAAUAUUUCACUAAGUGUUUUAACUUUUGUGUAUAUAUCUCUCACCAAUAAAUGUGCAUUCUGAUUUCU